CUUUUCCCUAUCGAUUCUCUCUCUUUAGCUAGCACCAGCGUAGUGCUCAAUGGAAACCAAACCCUCCAACGGCUCGCCGGCGAAGUUCGUCGAUCAAUUAGUGGUUCCGGGUGAUGUGAUUCUUGAUCUCUCUACCAUGGCUGAACAGACUAUAAAGCUCGGCGGCGGCCUCCGCCAGGAUUGUGAUGCAAUAUCAGUUAUCAAAGCUGGGAUACUGAGGUUCUCAAAGCCAAAUAAGUAUUGGGUUGAAAGCUCUCAGAAAAGGUAUGUGCCUUGCGCUGAGGACUCUGUACUUGGAAUAGUGGUGGACUGUAAACCAGAUAACUUUCUUGUGGACAUAAAAGGACCUUCUGUGGCAUUUUUGCCCGUGCUUGCAUUUGAAGGAGGGACUCGGAGGAACAUACCCAGGUUUGAGGCAGGUACUUUGAUAUAUGUUCGAGUGGUGAAGGCAAAUCCUGGAAUGAACCCAGAGCUGUCAUGUGUUGAUGCCACAGGGAAGGCAGCACAAUAUGGAGCUCUCAAAGAAGGCUUAAUGUUUGAGUGUUCGACAGGUCUAUCCAGGAUGUUAUUAAGUUCCCCAACAUGCCCAGUCCUGGAAACUCUUGGAAAGAAGCUCCCCUUUGAGAUAGCAGUUGGGUUAAAUGGCAGAGUUUGGGUAAUGUUCUUUUGCUGCAUACUUUUUGUUACUAGUGUAAAUUUGUGGGACUCAGUUUGGACAUAAAUAUGAGCCUGUCUCUAUGGCAACCUUCUUGCUAAAGGUUCAGUUACUUCAUCGUAAAGCACCGGGUAUUUGACUAAGGUGCAACUUUUUUAUGCACAGGUCAAUGCCGGUUCUCCAUCGAUUGUCAUUGUUGUUGGUAAUGCUAUCAUGAAGUCGGAGUCUUUGACUAAGGUGCAACAGAAAAUUAUGGCAGAGAAGUUGCUACAGAGGGUUCAGCAGUGUAUGUUUGUUACGAUUCUCCUUAACCAUCCUUCCAUGUGUACUCGUCCUAGUACAUGCUUCUUAAUCUUACUUCUAUUCCCCUGUUGCAGAAUGAUUGGAGACCUCAAACAUAUAGCAUCACCAUUUUGAUCCUCUACUUCAGGAGAUGGACGUGUUCAUGGAGAAGCCUUCUUCAGGUUGGCAAGACUCCAUAGCCAGUAGUUACAGAGCAAAUUGAAAGCGUAAUUGUAGUUUGGAGUAUACUCAAAAGCUUUGAUUGUCCAUGUAUGCACGACCUUGUCGUUAUAGCGUCCCAUGGCAAUGUUUCUGUGUUAUUUAACGAAGCAGAAUGUGUAGGUAGGAGGAGCAACUACCGUUUGUUCUAACAUGAUUUGUUAUUGUACGAGCCUUUCCAACGUAGAUGUGGCGUGUUAUCUAAUCCAUUUGCUGUCGCAUGAACUGCAAUAUACUAAGAGAGUGAUUACUUUCUUCUGUUCUUCCAUCAACAUUGAACUUUAGAAACAGGAUCGAUCGUAGUAAUAGCAGGAUAUGAAAGAUGAUUGUUGUUGGAUGUCUGUUGUUGCCAUACGGAAGUUGCAGCCAACUGCAAUUUCAUGCUCCUCUAGCCACCCCACAAAUCACAACCACCAUUGCCGGAUACCAUGUCUCCAAGCUGUGUCACUAUCAAGACGGCGGAUGGCCAGCAGACGUAAAAUGAUCAGUUCUGAGGUUGAUGCAGAAAGUAAAAUGGGGUUAGAAGCAGAGCUGUGGCCAGGGAGAGUAGCCAAGUUUCUGUAGGUAGAUUGCCAGUAUCUGCAGUUUUCCCGUGGCAGCAGCUUGGUCCGAUAGGGUAUCGGAAGCACUCCCAAUACCCAACUGCAAAAACCAAGCACACGGAAUCACAGAAGAGGGAUGAUUCGACGAUAGACGAGUGAUGCAGUUGAGUUCAAUCUGGAUGAUUAGGCGGCAACCCAUGAAACCGAGAGCAAACUUUUUCUAGGAAGGUUAGAAAAAGGGAGGCGGCAGCGAGAUGAAGAGGAUCAAUGUGGCCGAUGAGAAGUGACGAGGGAGAUGGAGAACUGAGGUAUUUUGUUGAUCUUCGCCGGACCGGCUAUUUCCUACAUCAUCUUCAGUUGGACCUUGUACUGUCUGCCGAGUAGUAGAGUGACUUUGUCGCCAUUUUUUAUCGGGACAAAGUCAGCUUGUUCGAGAUCGAGAGUUGGACAUCCCCAUUACUUACGUAUAAAAUUUAUGUUUUCUC